AUGGAAACCGUUCUCGACUAUGGAACAGAUGCUCAGACCAGCCAACUGACUACUCAGCUGUAUUACAAAGAUUCGGGUGUCACCGUAGACGAGUUCAACUCCGGGGACCCCUACGCCGGUGGGAAUGACGGGCUCAUCAACCGCGGAGGUUUUAUCGCCGGAAGCAAGUCGCUCACCCUAACAGGACCUAUCAUGGAAGACAUGUUCGGUUUCCAACGUCAACUGGUGAAUGGUGUGGACGUGGGACUCAAACUGUUUCCUUCCAGCACAUCCUUUGUCUUGAUGUCAGAAGAGACCGAUAAGGAUUACACCGUCGAACUGCAAGACGUGUACCUGAAAGUAUGCAAACUCAGAAUCAACGACGCUCUCAUCGUGGCCCACAACAAACAGUUCGAGAAAGGUAAUGCCAUGUACCCCUACGAAAGAUCCGUGGUCAAGAUGGCCUCGGUCGCCUCGUCCAGUCUGAGUUUUAACUGGGACGCCAUGUUUCAAGACGAAGUUCCCAGUCGACUGAUUGUCGCCUUGGUGAGGUCCAAUGGGGUGAACGGAUCGUACACGGCUAAUCCCUUCUGUUUCCAAGGAGACAUCAUUAAAAGCAUGGGACUGUACUUGAACGGUACCAGUGUACCAGGACGCCCGUUUGAGUCGGAUGACAUCGAGGCUUACGCUAGCCUGUACGAUUGGAAUAACGAAUGGCGCAAAGACAAAGGUUUGAACUUGGACCGCACGGAAUUUCCCAUAGGUCAUGCCUUGUACGUGUUCAACCUGCAAGACAUCGGAGCCGACAGAUCGGAAUAUCUGAACCUGCUCAAGUCGGGUAAUCUGAGACUAGAAGUCCAGUUUGCUCAGGCGCUCGCCCAUACCUUCAACGUCAUCGCUCUGGCCAAGUUUCCGGCACUUAUCGAAAUCGACCAAAGCCAGAACGUGUUUCUAAAGUAG